AUAUUACAUGAGCUGCUCGCUGCAGCUGCGCAGAUAAGGAGAGAUAGCGGAUUGGGAGCGAACAGAAAGUUUUUCACCCCCACUGACAACUUUCUGGUGAUGUAUUGCAGGAUUGGGAAUUUAGGCUAGGAACUGCUCGUUCCCAGCAGAGAAGAAGUGGGGAAGGAAAAGUAAGGACAGGGAAGAGAAAGUAUUUUGCUACAAUACAGACUUGCAUGCACACACAUAAAAGGACGAUAGUAAAGUGUACUCAGAGCUCAGGAGGGCAAAAUAGUGGCGAAAAGGAGAGUCGCCUUCGCAAAGAUGAGCUUGUUGUCUGCUAUAGACACUAGUGCCUCGGUCUACCAGCCUGCCCAGCUCCUCAACUGGGUUUAUCUGUCCUUGCAAGACACUCAUCAGACCAGUGCCUUUGAUGCCUUUAGACCAGAGCCUAAUUCUUCCCACCCGGAUCUUAACUACACCAAGACUCCUGCUGCUGAUCUGAGCUCUUCUCUCAAUUCCAACUAUCUCAACAGCUUCUUUCAGCUUCAAAGGAGUGAGGCCUUAAGCAGUAGUCUUUACAAGAGUGCAUCACCCUACGGAUCUCUCAAUAACAUCGUUGAUGGGCUGAGCUCUUUGACGGACCAUUUCUCUGAUUUAUCUCUCACCUCUGAGCCAAGAAAACCUAGCAAAAGACCACCCCCCAACUACCUGUGCCAUCUUUGCUUUAAUAAGGGACACUACAUUAAAGACUGCCCACAGGCUCGUCCAAAGGGAGAAGGUCUAACUCCAUAUCAGGGCAAGAAACGCUGCUUUGGAGAGUACAAGUGUCCCAAAUGCAAGAGGAAGUGGAUGAGUGGAAACUCGUGGGCUAACAUGGGACAAGAAUGUAUCAAAUGUCAUAUCAACGUGUAUCCACACAAACAGCGACCCCUGGAGAAGCCUGAUGGCCUGGAUGUCUCUGACCAGAGCAAGGAGCACCCUCAGCACCUGUGCGAAAAAUGCAAAGUCCUCGGAUACUACUGUCGUCGUGUGCAAUAAAUGAAUCCCUCCCACUGCCCUGCCUUCAUUAAUGAAUUGACAAAAUGCGCUUUAAAAGAAGGAAACUUGCCAAAAUGUAUCUGCCUUUAUUCACUUAGUGGGCCUUAAAAUAGCAAUACGAUGUAACACAUGUGCCUGUGUAUGUGUAUAAUCUUGAAGUUGUAUUUAUAGCGAUAUCACUGACCGAGGCAGUAUUAUCGAUCUCCACGUUGGUUGACGUAGCUUACCUUAUCAUGGUGGCUGCUGAUUCUUUGUUUACAUACUGUUGUGCUUGUUUCCUGUCUGGAUGAUGUAACUUUCAAGUGCCAAUAUCUUUAUUUUUAAUUUUUUUUUUUCCAGUUUGGUGAGGCCAUCCAAGUGCCUUCACCAUUAAUUGGGUUAACAGCACAUUAAAUUAACUGUGAAUUAUUCAAGGGGAAUUAUUACAAAAAUGGGUCUCUGCUUUGCAUGAUGAUCUGCUAUUUAUUGUCGAAAAGCUGCCAAGACAUGGCUCCUAGACUUAGAUUGCGUAAUUUGUAUUAUUUUAUUUGUGUUUCUUUGAAAACUGGGAUCAAUAUGCACCUGCCUUCUCUAACCGUGCUUUUCAUAUGAGCUCAGGAACUACUGGUCGCUUCUCAGGCGUUGCUUUGAAGUUGCGCAACCAUUCUACCGUCUUUAUAGAAACUAACGUCUGUUACUCGAUAUGUAGAUGGGGGUUUUGUCACAGCCCUAGCAGCUGCAAGGCCUUGACUUUACAACAUUCAUUUCAGCCAUCUGGCUACCCAAAAUGUCAUAAAUUUCCGAAACGAAAGAAGUUAUGGAAUGUGCAGUUCUUUUAUUAUUAUUACUAUUAUCCACUGUAUUUUUCAAAUGAUUUGAUUCUGUGUUGCGUAAGAAAUUAUACCAAAGUUUAUUGAUACACUAUAAUGAGCAUGCAGGAAUGAAAGAAAGCAAAAAAAAAAAAAGA